AUGGCCAGCCUCCCCUCUCAACACCCCACCCUAUCCAUCCACCUCUCCGACCUCACCCUCACCCCGCUCAUCACCUCGUCGUCGUCGCCCUCGCACCUCGACUCCCUCACCUCGCUCACCUCGAGCGCCCUCUCCUCCCAGACCGCCGUCCAGCGCGCUCAGCUCGGCCGCCCCCAGCGCAUCAUGGUCGAGUACCCCGACUCCGGCGCCGUCGUCCUCCAGUCGUAUCUCGACCCGCCUCAGCCGUCGCCUCCUGCCGCUACUACCCGCAGCAGGAAGAACUCGUCCGGGCCCCACGGCAAGGACGAGAGGGGCGACGUCUCGGCCAGCGGCAGUGGCGGCGGCGUGAGCGCCCGCUCGGAAGACGCCGCGCCCAUGCUGGUGGGCGUCGUCGUCGCCGGCUCGUCCAACGAGGCCAAGGAGGCCCGGCGCGCGGCCGUCAGGCUGGAGAGGGUCGGGCGGGAGUUCCAACGCGAGUGGGCGGCACAGGCGGCGGACCGGACCGCCGACGGAACCCUUGGUCCCGAGUGA